UAUGCGAUCCAACCAGGAAGCGAAUGGCGGAAAUGUAGAUCAUCCUCACGCUUUCAGUCAAGAUUCUGGAGGUAUUUAGUUUCUUGGAAGGAGUGAGCCGCGAAGCAGGCAGCUGAUGCCUUCAGUAACAACCAGACGAAGGAUCCAGAGACACAAUGCGGUCGCUGUGAUCCGCCCGGGGGGAUCCGUACAGUGAACGGACGGAUGGACGGUCGGUGAUCCAGCUGAGACUGAGUGUCUAAUCGUUACAUUUGACACCGACGUAUGGCCCUGCUGCUCAGCUAGCUGAGGGAGACGUCAAACAUGUUUCUGAAAACCUCCUUCACCACGCUGAUUGUUGGGGUGUUUGUGGUGUACGUGCUCCACACCUGCUGGGUGAUGUAUGGGAUAGUGUACACCAAACCCUGUGACAGCCCCAAAGGAGACAACUGUAUCACACCCUUCCUGGCAGGGAACCCCAAACUACAGUUGAGUAUCUAUACUUCGGUGAAGCCAAACGCAGAUGGAGGCCAUACUCUGAUUCACAGAGAAGAGAACUUCGAUGUCAACAGCAAGUUUGAGAGGAUCGUCAACGUCUCUCUCCCCAAGAAAACACGUAAUAAUGGAACAUUAUUUGCAUUAAUAUUCGUCCAUCAAGCAGGUUUCAAUCCGUGGCAGGACCCACGACAGGUCCACUCUGUGGCUCAGCUCACCACCUACAUGGUCCCAAAGCCUCCUGAAAUCUCUCUGAUAUCUGGAGAAGAUCAACCACAAGGUCAAAAAAAGGAGGAGCAGAAGAAGAAACAGCCUGACAGUAGCCCUGCAGCAGGAACCGGAGCUAAAGGUGGAGCCACGGCUUCAUCGGAUCACCCGGUGUCUCACUGGCGCUCCCGUCUGACUCUCAACAUCGUCGGCGACCACUUCGUGUUCGAUAGAGAAUACCUGCCAAGCGACGUUCACAGAUACCUCAGAGUAUUCCAGAAUGGGAAGAAGAUGGUGUAUCUACCUCUGCUGUUUGUCGACGAGCUCAGCAACAGGGUCAAAGACCUUGUGGAGAUCAACAGCACCGCCACGGAGCUCCCUCUGACCGUCUCCUACGACUCCAUCUCUCUGGGGAGGCUUCGGUUCUGGAUCCACAUGCAGGAUGCUGUUUACUCUCUGCAGCAGUUCGGUUUCACAGAAAAGGAUGCUGAUGAGAUUAAAGGGAUCUUUGUGGACACUAACCUGUACUUCCUGGCUCUGACCUUCUUCGUUGCAGCUUUCCAUCUCCUGUUUGACUUCCUAGCCUUCAAAAAUGACAUCAGCUUUUGGAAGCAGAAGAAAAGCAUGGUGGGAAUGUCCAGCAAAGCAGUGUUGUGGAGAUGUUUCAGCACCAUAGUGAUUUUCCUCUAUUUGUUUGAUGAGCAAACGAGCCUUCUUGUACUCGUACCUGCUGGGAUCGGCUCUAUAAUCGAAGUGUGGAAAGUGAAGAAGGCCUUUAAAAUCCAGGUUUUCUGGAAAGGAGGCAAACCAACAUUCCUGUUUGGGAAAUUAGAUGAAUCAGAGCGGAGAACCGAAGAAUAUGAUACUCUGGCCAUGAAAUAUCUCUCGUAUCUCCUUUAUCCACUAUGCAUCGGAGGGGCAGUGUACGCGCUGAUAUUUCUGCGAUAUAAGAGUUGGUACUCGUGGUUAAUCAACAGCUUGGUGAAUGGUGUGUACGCCUUCGGUUUCCUCUUCAUGCUUCCUCAGCUUUUUGUCAACUACAAGCUGAAGUCUGUGGCUCACCUGCCCUGGAAAGCCUUUAUGUAUAAGGCAUUCAACACCUUUAUUGAUGAUGUGUUCGCCUUCAUCAUCACCAUGCCAACAUCCCACAGACUGGCCUGUUUCAGGGACGAUGUGGUUUUCCUCAUUUACCUUUAUCAGAGAUGGCUCUACCCAGUGGACAGAACAAGAGUAAAUGAAUAUGGUAUUUCAUAUGACGAGAAGCCCAAAGGGAAGACUCACAAGGAGUAGAAUGAAAACAGGUUUUCUCAGACUUCCAUGAGCUGGCACCUUUGGAUAUCAUCUUUCUGUUUUCAUAUCCACUACAAUUUUAGCAAAGUUAAAGGUUUCAUUGCUUGCACAUCAUUCCUCACUAAUGGCGACUGUUAAAUACUUGAACAUCGGUAGAGGACCGGUAUAUAGCCAGUUUUUGGUUUGUCCAUUCUGGGCGACUGUAGGAACACACCAGAUGGGCUAGGUGGAAGGGAAACCAUGUCAUCAGUUGAUAGAAAUGAUAAAGGUAAAAAUGUUCAUGUUGUUUUACUCUGACAUGAAUUUGAAUUUCCUUCAGUUGAUCCCCUUGAAUUACAAACACAUGAACUUGUAAUAACUUCAAACGACCUGACCUGAGUCUAAUGGGCCAGUCUGUUGCAAGUGGACCAGAACCAUUAUCGUUCUAGAGGUUUUCUGACGUGUGUGUGAACAAGCUAGAUCUGUGGAGCUAGCAUCAAAACAGAUGCAAAAGCCUUGUGUGAAAUUGGAGAAUGGACUGCAUCUAAUCAAACGCUAUGAUAUGACCCAGAACUUUACUAUCAUAUCACUAUACCGGCUUAUAUUCCACUGCAAAGGUUGUGUAAUUCAAAGUAUCAAAUGGAUUAUUUUUGUUAUUUCCGCAGGUUUAGCAAUUAAAAUUUCUGAACUGACCCUUGGAGCUUUUUUCAGGCCAUUUUGAGAGAUUACCUCAUACAGUACACCCAGCAGGAGUGAAGAAGUCUACUGUUUCAUAUUGUGCUUUCAGUGAUAUACAUGCAAAAACGUUUUCACAGUAAAUGUAAAAAGAGAGGAAGGUAACAUUCAGAAGUUUAAUGUUUCAGUGCAGAGAUUUCAUUUAUGCAUUGGCAUUAGUCAAAUCUGAGACGAAUACAAAGAGCUUUUAAACGUUUUAUUGCAAGAUAAAAAUAAUUCAAAUGAAAUCUGGAAUCAAGGUUAAAAAUAUCUCUUUAAAUGGAGCUUUAAAAAAAUUAAUAAUAGCUGGUGUAUUGUGAAAGAAUCUUUAGCUUCAGUAAAAGCUGAUUUGGAGUUAAGGUUUUGAUGCCACGGAAAAUGUAGGACUUUUUUGAGCGUUUCUGAUUAUUGAAGUGAUAAUUGAGGAUUCUUGUAACAGGCAGAUUACUUUUUUGCCAUUUUAGCAUAAAUCCAGAUUUGCUGGUCCUAAGCUGAAGCUAACUGCUAGUUCAGGAGGGGCCAAGACCAAAUCUGAUUUCUAACACCAUAAAACAACUUUAAUCUUAAAAGCUUUAUAGUGGUUUAUGUAGAUGCUUCUUUGUAAACCUUUAAACUGUUGUCAGGUUUCCAUUGGGAUAUUUAGACAGAAACCUAUUUUUUUUAUGCAGGAAAUGGCGGUUAUAAGCAAUGCGCCAGCAAUGAUCUUCCUGUGUGAAACACGUACUGAGAAGAGUACAUGUAAAGCAUUUCCGGUUCAUAUUAGCUGUCUAGUAUAAAAUUAUAGCUGCUUAAAAAGCUGAUAUAUUAUUGUGGGUUAAUGUUUUCUGUUGAUUACUCUGACUGGAAAUCCUUAUUAUCUCAGUACUUGUUUCACAAAUGAAGAUACCUGAAGGGGCACGGCCUUCUACAUCCAUUCCCCUUUUAUGUAAUGCAAAUGUGACGACAGUUUACAGGUUUGUAAAAUAGCAUUCACUUAAACUACCCUAAUAUUUUAAGGCUGAUAUUGGUUUAAGAUGGUAGAAGUCCACUUUGGUCUUGUCUUGUCCCUGACUAGCCACCAGCUUCUGCCUCUGAGGCAGACGGAUCUGGAUUUACACUAAAUGAAGCCACCAAGGGGGUUAUCUAUAGGUAAGAUAAGAACUGCUUAUAACCUUUGAAGAGAUCCUCACUUCAACAAUAUUGAACUCUCCCCUUUAUGACUUAUGCAGCAAUGUGUGAAGUUGAGGUUUUUUUUCUUGGGUGCGUUUUGUUUUGAGAUAUUCAUUCUUCUGUCUUUUUUUUUUUUUUUUACUUUCUUUUUGCACACGUCAGGGCCAAGAAAAUAUUUGUGCCAAAUGUACGAGUUAUUCUUUAAAAUGUUGGUUAGCAUUGAAUGUGUGACAUAAAUGACCCAUGCCAUGUUUCUAAUAUAUACUGUGGUUUUGGAGGGAAAAAGCUCAAGGAAAGUAUUAUAACAUCUGGACCUAAAGCAUCAUGAUUUUAAUUCUUUACUUUGUUAUGCUUAUUGUAAAUGUUCCUUUGAAAUAUAAAGACUCUACUAGGAAUCAAUUGUUCAGAUAUUGUGAGAUUUGUACAGGAAGGAAGUAAAAAAAAAAACUGUUUAAAGCUAAAUGCAGUCAGAACAGAUUUCCUGGAUUUGUUUUACUUAAAAUUGUUUGAAAUGAUUGUAAUGUUUGUGUUUUUCAUUGAAAUGUAAUAAAAAUAAAAAAAACGCUGAAA